AAUCGCUUACAUACGUAAAAACAAACUUUAAAAUAUAUAUAUAUAUCUUUGCUUGUAUUAGAGCGGAUUGCAUAUAUUUUUUUUAUCAUUGAUAGUGGCGGUCUUACACGGAAGAAGGGUGGAACAACAGGGAAAUACACUGACUACAGAAUCUACACAGAAACCAUGCCAGCGUAUCACUCCAAAUUCACAGAUCCUCCAAAACUGAUUGGAAACAUGGCUCUAAUGCCUCUACGGACAUCAUAUAAAGGCCCUGCCCCCCGAGAAACUUCAGAUUUUGACAUCAUUGAUGAAGCUAUAUACUACUUCAAAGCCAAUAUAUUCUUUAGGAAUUAUGAAAUUAAGAGUGAGGCUGACAGAACACUUAUAUAUAUUACAUUAUAUAUCAGCGAAUGUCUCAAGAAAUUACAGAAGUGUUCAUCGAAGUCUGCUGCCACUAAAGAAAUGUACACAUUAGGAUUACUUAACUUCCCCAUCCCAGGAGAACCCAAGUUUCCACUGAAUGCCAUGUUCACAAAACCAGCCAGCAGAGCAGAAGAGGAUACUAUGAGAAACUACCUGCUACAGAUCCGACAGGAAACAGGAAUUAGAAUGGUGGAGAAAGUCUUCGAACAGGAUGAUAAACCAAGCAAGUGGUGGCUGUGUUUUUCCAAGAGAAAGUUCAUGGAGAAGAGCCUCUCAUCCCCAGGAAUGUGAAGUGAACGACCACCCAGAAAAUAAGACAUAGAUUGAUGACAACAUUGUUAUCCAACAACUGGAUAUGUUAUAAAUUCUUAUUUUGUCUAUAUGACUUGUACAUGUAUGACUGUGUAUGAAUCCCUUCAGAGUUAGCAAACAGUGUAUAUUAAAGUCUCGGUCACAUUUAUCACACAAAAAUACAAACCAUCAGCUUUUGACAGUACCACUGUCAUUCUUAUUGUGUGCAAAUUACAACAUUUCUUUAUUUUAGCAGUUACAGUGGUAAAGCAAGAGUGCGAAUUUAUGGUUGCGUAAAAAAUAUGUUCAUCCAUUAUCAAUGCUAAAUUUUAUGUUAUUGUCAGACAGUGCACCAGCUUAAAUAAAUGCAUACAAUAUAGUUUGUUCAGUUUUGGAAGAGAUAAAGAUAUGGAUGUGUGUUUGAAGCUAAGAAUGAUGUCAUUGUUUGUGUAAUGGUGCAGUGAUAGGUAUGACACAUGUAUUUGUUAUUGCCAUAUAUUUACUGUAAUACGAAUAAUUUAAUCACAAUAAAAUUGUAUGAACAGUG